GGAGGAGCUGCAAAGAUGGAGGAGAGAGACCAGUGACGGUAAAAGAAAUACUGUGAAAAAAACAAAUAAAAACAAAACAGAAACAAAAACAAAAAGAUAACCCAUAUGUAUAUGUGUAGAACUUUUACAAAAACAUACGCUAGUACACAAGCGGGAAUCGAGCACGGAGCGGGAGAGGGCUAUCUACGUGUAUGAUCAGAAAGCUGGGUUCUCUCCAGAUGCAUUUUUGAAGACAUGGGGCAACAAGAACCUUUGGUUUAGGUACCCGAAUAGAGCACUGCACACUGUAGAAGACACUGGCUAUUGCAGUCGGAUGGAGUUACAGAUUGGUGGGACGACAAGAAAUUGACAGAAUUCUGUGUAUUUGCAGGCCAUCUACAGUAUGCUUUAGGACCAGCGGGGACCCAUCAUGAGACUCCCCUGCGCUCGUGCAGGAAGGGAUGUCUGAGGCAGAAGACCCCUUAUAGAGUGUCCCACACACCAGCACAGUUGACUCCUCUCUGCUUUAUCCAUGAGCUCCCAAAACAGUCCAGACGGUGUGACUAGCCGGGAGCAGCCUCUAGAACUGCUGGCCAGAAACCGGAUUCCCACCAUUCCCACCUCUGGGGCGGAGUCUGUGAAAUCGGCAGGCAUGCAGAGCUCGGGGGGUCCGGUAGACCUACGCACCGACACUCGUAUCCCCCUGCCCACGGCGGACCCAGUGCUGCGGGAGCAGCAGCUUCAAAACGAACUCCUCCUUCUCAAACAGCAGCAGGAGCUGCAGAAACAGCUGCUCUUCGCAGAGUUCCAGAAGCAGCAUGAGAACCUCACCCGCCAACAUGAGGUGCAGCUGCAGGAACACCUCAAGCAACAGCAGGAGAUCCUGGCAGUGAAGAGGCAGCAGGAGCUGGAGCAGCAGCGGAAGCUGGAGCAGCAGAGACACGAGGAGAUGGAGAAACAGAGGCUAGAGCAGCAACUGAUCAUGCUGCGGAACAAGGAAAAGGGCAAAGAGAGUGCAAUAGCCAGCACAGAAGUGAAACUAAAACUACAGGAGUUUCUGCGGAGUAAAUCCAAGGAAUCCACCUCAGGCGGACUGAACCAUUCCUUUCCCCAGAAUUGCUGGGGAGCCCAUCACACUUCGUUAGACCAGAGUUCCCCCCCGCAGAGCAGCACGCCCGGGACGCCACCCUCUUACAAACUGCACUCCAUGCUGGGCUCCUACAACGGCAAGGAUGACUUCCCACUGCGCAAGACAGCUUCUGAGCCCAACCUGAAAGUGCGCUCCAGGUUGAAACAGAAGGUUGCGGAGAGGAGAAGCAGCCCCUUGUUGCGACGGAAGGACGGCACUGUCAUCAGUACCUUCAAGAAGAGAGCCAUCGAAAUCACAGUGUCCUCAAUGUGUAACAGUGCCCCAGGAUCCGGGCCCAGCUCUCCCAACAGUUCCAACAGCGCCAUAGCUGAGAAUGGAUCCAGUGGCUCUGUACCCAACAUCCAUGCCGAGCACAUGCGUUCACACCAUCGUACAAUGAAUGCAGAUGGGUGUGUCAGCCAGCUGAGUCUCUACACGUCCCCUUCGCUGCCCAACAUCUCCCUGGGCCUGCCAACCUCUGUCACCGCUGCCAACUCCCACAUCAAUACACCCCAGAAACUGUCUGCCCAGCAGGAGGCGGAGCGGCAGGCCAUCCAGUCUAUGCGGCAGGGGGGUGCACUGACCGGGAAGUUUGUCAGCACCACCUCGCUGCCUGUCUGCCUGUCCACAGCGGGGCCCCACGACGCUGACACAGCCACCACCGCCAACAGCCACAGCCACUCGUCACUGCUGCAGCACGUACUGCUCCUGGAACAAGCCCGCCAGCAGAGUGCGCUACUCGCAGUUCCCAUCUAUGGCCAGUCCCCUCUGGUGACGGGUGAGAGGGUGUCAACGAACAUGCGGACGGUGAACAAGCUGCCUCGCCACAGGCCCCUGAGCCGCACCCAGUCUGCACCCCUGCCCCAGAGCCCCCAGGCCCUGCAGCAGCUUGUCAUGCAGCAGCAGCACCAGCAGUUCCUCGAGAAGCAGAAGCAAUACCAGCAGCAGAUCCAACUCAGCAAGAUGCUAUCGAAGGUGUCUGAGCUGCCCCGCCAGCCCCCCACUCACCCGGAGGAGACGGAGGAGGAGCUCACAGAGACGGCAGAGAUGCAGGAGGAGCGGGGGGGACAGGCAGAGCCGGAUGAGGGGCCAGAGGGUGAAAGGGAGGGUCAGGGGAACACAAUCCCCUCAGACUGCCCAAUCACACUGAGAGACGAGAAUACUGAAAGUGAGGUAGAGGAGGAGGAGGAGGAGGAGGAGGAAGAGGAGGAGGAGGACGGUGCAGAGCCAAUUGAACUAAAGGAGUGUGAUGGGCAGACCCCCCCCUACAAUCAGUUCUUAGACCAGCAGCCCUUGCAGCAGCUACAUGUUUAUCAGGCCUCGCUGUCCAUCACAGGCAUACCUCACCGGCCGCUGGGCAGGGCCCAAUCUUCACCCGCCACUGCCAGCCUGAAGGGCACCAUCGCAGGGGAGAAACCAGUCAAGCACCUUUUCACUACAGGAGUUGUCUAUGAUACGUUCAUGCUGAAACACCAGUGCACCUGCGGGAACACUAACAACCACCCCGAGCAUGCUGGGAGGAUUCAGAGCAUCUGGUCUAGGCUGCAGGAGACAGGGCUGCUCAGCAGAUGUGAGCGAAUCCGAGGAAGGAAAGCAACUAUAGAUGAAAUCCAGACGGUGCAUUCGGAACACCACGCUCUCUUCUACGGCACCAGCCCGCUGAACAGACAGAAACUCGACACCAAGAAACUUUUAGGUCCAGUUAGCCAGAAGAUGUAUGCAGUUCUGCCCUGUGGAGGCAUUGGGGUGGACAGUGACACGGUGUGGAAUGAGAUGCACUCCUCCAGUGCAGUGCGGAUGGCUGUGGGCUGCGUCAUAGAGCUUGCUUUCAAAGUGGCGUCCGGAGAACUCAAGAAUGGAUUUGCUGUUGUUCGGCCACCAGGACACCAUGCAGAGGAGUCGACUGCAAUGGGGUUCUGUUUCUUCAAUUCAGUGGCCAUCGCUGCCAAGCUACUGCAGCAGAAAUUGAAUGUGGGGAAGAUUCUGAUUGUGGACUGGGAUAUCCACCAUGGCAAUGGGAGUCAGCAGGCGUUCUAUAAUGAUCCCAACGUGCUGUACAUCUCUCUGCACCGAUACGAUGAUGGAAACUUCUUCCCAGGCAGCGGGGCUCCUGAGGAGGUAGGGUCAGGCACAGGAGUGGGAUAUAACGUCAAUAUAGCCUGGACUGGAGGGGUGGAGCCACCGAUGGGAGACGUGGAAUACCUCACAGCUUUCAGGACGGUGGUGAUGCCUAUUGCAAAUGAGUUCUCCCCAGAUGUAGUUUUGGUUUCAGCUGGGUUCGACGCAGUAGAAGGACACCAGUCUCCGCUGGGUGGAUACUCAGUGACAGCAAAGUGUUUCGGUCACCUGACCAAGCAGCUGAUAAAGCUGGCUGGGGGGCGAGUUGUCAUGGCAUUGGAAGGGGGUCAUGACCUCACAGCUAUCUGCGAUGCCUCCGAAUCCUGUGUCUCGGCUCUUCUGGGCAACGAGCUUGACGCUCUUCCACAGUCCCUCCUUCAGCAGAAGCCUUGCCCGAAAGCGGCCGCGUCUCUGGAGAAAGUCAUUGAGAUUCAGAGUAAACACUGGAGCUCUGUGCAGCGCUAUGCCUCCACGGUGUGCCAGUCUCUCUUGGAGGCUCAGAAGAGAGAGAAGGAGGAGGCUGAGGCUGUCACUGCCAUGGCGUCGCUGUCUGUUGACCGUGAGCAGGAAAACACAGAGGCAGAAAGCAGACAAGCAGAUGAGCCUAUGGAGGAAGAGCCAGUAUUGUAGCGAGGUGCAGGUUUCCCAUUGUGAUUGUAAUCCCUCUUUUUUACAUUCUCAUGAGACCCCCUCACCCCCCCCAACUAUCCCUCCAUUCCUCCAAGUCUGGCGGUCGUGCACUGUAGUGCACCACACCUCACCACACUGACUUCUGAGAGAAAAAGCAUGUGGGAGACGGACAGACAGACAGACAGAGAUGGGCACACAGACAGGAGGAAACAUGAAUUUCAUUUCUUGAUUGAUUCAGUGGCCGUCAGUGGUUUUUUUUUUUUUUUUUUUUUUUUAAGCUGAGAAAAUUUGCUUGAACUCUUUCUGAAAUACAUGAAUUGAGCAAAAGAGUAAAGAGUUUUUUUUUUUUUUUUUUUUUUUCCCUGUCCUUGGAACAUGCAAAAAAGAAACACUGUAUUUAAGAAAAAUAGAUGAUUAUUUUUUUUUUUUGUUUAACCCAGAAGGGUGAAGCACACAUUUGUGUUUUUUGUCUUCAAGGGUGGGGUGAAAAAGGCAGCGUUGGAUAAACCCUCCCUUUUUAAUGAGAACCCAGCUGGCCGUGAGCACAUGGCUAUUCGGGAGAAACUUCAUUUUUUAAAGAGGAGCUGGUUCUUGGGUUCGCAAUUCAUGGAGGUGUUUAGAACCCCCCCCCCCCCUUGUGGAAAGUAUGUGUAUUUACAGGCACUGACUACGAAUUAAAAAAAUAAGCUGGUCACCAUUCCAGCAAUCCAAACCUUUCAAUAUAGAGUUUAACAGCAAUCGCUAAGCAAAAGUGAAUAUUCUGUCAUGUUUGUUUAAAAUGCCUUAAUUUCCUUUAACUCCAUUGACUGGAUCUGUUCUGGCAGAGAUGUUUAAUAGGGUCGAUUCUCCUUCCCUGCCCACAGAUAUUUUAAGCUUCUUUUUAUUUAUUUUUUCUCUGUCUCUCUGCUACAAGAAUUCAGGGAAUAAGUGAGGUAGGGGUUAAGGGUCAAAGGUCGCCUUGAGAGUUUAAGGACCCCCCCCCCCCCUCCCCAACCCCAC